AUGUCGUUCCUCAUGGAGAGCUCAGCUGUCGGUCAACCGUCACCUCUCAGCUUCAGUAACACCCUUAAUGCUCUUCCGGGUGCACUCGUCCUAUAUGCCGCCCUGCACAGUCUGUAUAACAUCUACCUACAUUCUCUCUCUCGCUUCCCCGGCCCCAAACUCUGGCAAACCAGCUACAUCUUCCGCCACAUUGCCAGCAUCAGAGGCACUCUCGACGUAUCUAUCAAGGCAUUCCAUACCGAAUACGGACCGGUGGUCCGCUAUUCACCCGACGAACUCUCCUUCAUCUCCGCGGAAGCGUGGAGGGACAUCUACGGGUUUCGCGAGAACGCCCUUCCCAAGGACCCAUCCUUCUACGGCCUCAUCCAGCUCUCUCGGGAUAAGAGCCCGAGCAUCUUCACAGUCGACCAGGAUCAUCAUCCGCGCGUCCGAAAGGCUCUCUCUUACGCGUUCUCAGAGAAAGCGCUCCACGACCAGGAGCCUUUCGUCAAACACUAUGUUGACCUGCUUAUCCAGCGACUGCGAGGCAUCGCCGACGCAGAGGAUAACAGGGUCGAUCUUGUGAAGUGGUACAACUUUACCACCUUUGAUAUUAUCGGCGACUUGGCCAUUGGUAGAUCAUUCGACUGCCUCCAGGAUUCGGCGUAUCAUUCAUGGGUGGACGCAUUCUGGAAGAGCAUCAAGAUGAUAAGCCCCUAUGCCAGGGCCAUGGCCACAUACACGGACGUGCCGCGGCUCCUCAGACUGUUUGCCCCGCGGGCAUUGAAGGAAGCCAGACUCAGACGUCUCCAGUACGUCGGUGUCCAUAUGGAGGAGCGACUGGCGCGGGGCAUCCUGCGCGACAAGCCAGACUUUAUCUCGUAUAUACUCCGGAGCAAAGGGACGGCGGACGAGCUGACGGACGGUGAGGUCGAAGCAAACGUCAGCUUCCUGCUCCUAGCCGGGACGGAGACUACCGCGACGGCACUGUCAGGGACAACGUACUACCUGCUCAAAAACCCGGAGGGGCUAAGAAAAGCAACGGCCGAAGUGCGAAGCGCGUACAACAGCGAGGAUGAGAUCACUUUCGCCACCACCGCCGAGCGCCUCCCCUACAUGCAGGCCUGUCUGACAGAGGGGCUGCGCAUCUACCCAUCUGGCCCCAUUGCCGCGCCGCGGCGGACCCCGCGAGGCACAGUGACGUGGAUUGCAGGCCAUCCGGUGCCGCCGGUGGGGGGGGCGUCGAAUAGUCCGUUGAAUUUCCACCGGCAGGCCGACUUCAUCCCGGAACGGUGGCUUUCGCCCUCGACAAUGGACCCGGCCUCGCCGUUCCGGCGCGAUAAUCGUGCCGCCUCGCAGCCGUUCAGUGUGGGGCCGCGUAAUUGUCUGGGAAAGGCAUUCGCGCUGAAUGAGAUGCAGGUCAUUCUGGCACGGAUGCUGUGGAAUUUUGACAUGAAAUUGUUACCACAGAGUGACGGGUGGGAGAGGCAGAGGAUUUUCACCCUGUGGGAUAAGGGACCGUUGAUGGUUGAAUUGAACGAGGUUCGAUCAAGCCUCCACAACCAACUUUUCCUCCAAGUUUGUAUGGUAGUUUGUAUGGUAGUUCACCAAUCACGAAGCCUACAAAGAGCCGUUCAUUCAAGUGGACCUGCCCGUAACCUAACAGGAUAA